AAAUCAAUGGUGGAAGAGAAAAACAAGUUUGGUUUCUGAAAAUAUCAAAACUAGCAUUGGCUUUUGCAAUUAUCCACUCAAAACCAUCAGGGAAGAGUUGCAAAGAAUACACUGAACACCUUGCCAAAAUCGUAUCUGAACAAGAUUUUGGAUGGAAAUCGAAAGUUGAAGCGCUGGAAGCUGAAGUUCUUCGAUUACGUCAGGAACUUCUUUUGAACAAGAUCUGCCCGAGAUUCUGCUUGGAAAAUGGAAAACCAGAUGCCUCUGCCAAAACUCUUCUGGAUCAGGAAUGUAUAAACCCUAUGAGUUACUCAAGCCAGCUAGAAGACUCUGGAUGUGAUGUGUCUAAUGACUAUGCAUUCGAUUCUUUAGGCAUAGCUUCUGAUUUUCACCAAUACGAGCAUAAUGUUGACACUUCUAAACGUUGGUUGGAAAGAGUUCCCCCAUUGAAUCUUUGCUGUACUAGCAAGGAAGAAUCUCUGACUGCUCCAGUGCAGUUUUUGCAACAUCUGCUUGAAAUAAGAAAACUGUCAGAAGGAGGAAUUCUUCAAGCAGACUUCACAGAGCUUGAGAAUGAUUCUUUCACUGUAUGCAAUUCAGUGUCUCAGUUGCUUGAUGGACUGACUGUUUUUUACAACAGUCCUAAAUUUCCAGUUUCAAAUUUUCUUUCUGAAGCAGUUUGUGUUUUGACCAGUUUAAUAACUGAUAAUAAAUUAUCUAAUCAUGUUUUGAAGAAGUGUUUCAAGAAGCUGGAAGAAUUUAAGAAAAAUCUAAUUCAGAUUAUUUUAAGAAACAGCAGUGUCAAUAGAUUUCAGGCACUGCAUGCUGUAUCAAACGCUCUGGUUUUGCUAGGAAGGAGCAACAUACUAAGAAAUUCUUUAAUAUCGCUUCUACUGUCAGAAGUACGUCAGUUUGCUGAGCACCUGUUGCAAGCCCACCAG